GCCACUUCCUGUUUAGUCUAAGGACACGGGAAGUGGAGAGGAAGUUCUGAGUGUGGUAGACGAUUGUUGGCAGCUUCAGUAUUUUUGAUAAUAUUAGCGCCUAUUUUUUCAGUCUGUAUAUACCUAGAUUUAAAUAGUAUUCUCAUUUCGGUGAAAUAUACCGCGUAAGGCAAUAUAUCUAACCUUGGCCGUAAACCAGCGAGCCAAAUGAACGGAGCAGCGUUCCCCUCGCCUACAACAGAGAUGGCGGAGAUGAACCGCAUCCAUUAUGAGCUGGAGUACACAGAGGGGAUAAGUCAGAAGAUGAGGAUCCCUGAGAUGCUUAAAGUAGCUCCACAAACGCUGGACAACAACGAUGCUGUACCUCCAGACGUUCCUCACAGUGUUUUCAUGCACGUCCCUGAUAGAAUUGUGAUCGCAGGUGACAACAAUGACCCCCAGUUUACCCGGCCCAGAGAUUUGGACCUAAUCCAAUCCACACCACUCGAAGCCUUUUCUCUGAAAACACCACCUAGAGUCCUUACCCUCAACGAGCGACCUCUGGACUUCAUGGAAGAGGCACAACACGUGGCUCCAGACACUGAGGAUCAGUUGCGGCCUCAGGGCAGAGCACGAAGAGAACGGUCUGCUAGUGAGAAUGCAGCUGUUCGUCACAAGAGUCAGCUGAUGAGAAAUGAUUCAGUUGUGACCCCAUCCUCCCCUCCCAAUGCCCCUUGCCCUAUUGUCACCAUGACUGAGGAAGACCACAGCCUGUACAGCGCGAACAGUGUGUUGUCUUUCAUCCAGUCCACCACACGACGGGCCUACCAGCAGGUCCUGGAGGUCCUGGAUGAAAACCCUCGCAGCAAACCGUCUCUAAGAGGGGGUUCAGCCACGAGCUCCAACCCCCAACAUGACUCCAGGCUGGCUUUGUCAACGUAUGAAGCUUCACUGGAUGGAGCUCCGGAUGAUAUGACAGUGGUUGAUGCAGCAACGCUUCGACGUCAGCUCAUUAAGUUGAACAGAAGACUUCACCAUCUGGAGGAGGAGAACAAGGAGCGAGCAAAGCGAGAGAUGAUCCUUUACUCAGUUACUGUAGCUUUCUGGCUCAUCAACACUUGGGUGUGGAUGCGACGUUAAACUCAGUCUUUUUUUUUUGUUUCACUGCUUGCUGCACUAUGUACCUGUGUGAGAAAAACCUUAACAUGGGUAGAAGGUCAUCUGGAAGCAAAGAUCUGAUUUUUUUUUUUUAAUUUAAUACAUAUAUAGUUUUUAUAGUUUUUUUACUCUUCUGUCAUGUUAAUCAUGUUUUCGGUUUUUUAAGUAGUCAUCUUCUCGGGCUUCUUGUCUGGAUCUUUUUUGUGCAUUGCAGAGCAUGACUCUAACUAUGGGCUCACAUUACUGUUAAAGUGUUUUGAGCUGCAGUAAAAGCAAAGUUUAUCGUAGGCAAGUGGCGCUGCAGAGGGAAGAUGGAACAUGUUAAAUAUUUAAUGCGAGUGAUAUAUGUGUUCAGCUGGGAAAUGUAUUACAACCAAAUAAAGCCAUGUACAUGACUAUGA